AUGGGAAAAAAGCUUUCGGGAGCACAGAAUAGAAAACGAAAGGCAGAGGAAAUCGCUGCUAAAAAAAAGGAACAAAAUAGUAUGGAAAAGUUCUUUAAACCUAUUGAUAACAAAUCAAUAGAAUCUUUUGAAAAAUCGAAUGAAACUUUUGAUUCCGAAUUAAUGGAUAGUGGUACCUAUAAACAAAAACCUAGUUUAGACAUAGAAAAAAAUGAAAUUCAAACACAAUAUGAUACACUCAGAUUUGACGACGACUUAGAUGUUCUAAAUGAAAGUACUGUUUGUGAUGUCAGUUAUUUGGAAAAUCCAGCCGAGUGGCCAUUAGCAAUAAAUAUGAAACGUAAUAUUAUAGAUAGAAUAGUAAUGAUUGGUCCAAAAAAAAUAUUUGAAAAUAUAUCUUAUCCGCUAGAUGAGCAUAAAAGGCAUUUUUCUAAUUUUCAUCCAGAUAGUGGAACAUCGUUAGAACACAGGGGUUGUAAUGAUUGGAAGCAUAUAGGGUCUAUAUUAAGUGAUCAUGAAAAAUCUACACAUCAUUUUAUUGCUACUAGCAUAUGGAUUGAAUCUGAAACCCGUCUAAAAAAAAAUGCUUGUAUAGAUGCUCAAAAUCAACAUAUAUAUGAACAGGAAAGUCUUCGCUGGACAAAAGUUUUUGAUCGGUUAAUAAGUAUAAUUUUGUACCUCGCUCAACACAAUAUGGCGUUUAGAGGUACAUCUGAUGAAUUAUUUCAACCAAAUAAUGGAAAUUUUUUAGGCUUAGUUCAACUUCUUGGUAAGUACGAUGAUGUAAUGGCAGAACAUUUACGUCACAUAUCUAAAAAAUCGAAUAGAAAACAUAACUGCAGUCAUGAAAUUCAAGAUCAAUUAAUAAACUUAAUGGCUAAUAAUGUUCGUGAUACUAUUAUAGCUAAUCUUCAUGAUGCAAAAUAUUAUUCAAUUAUUACAGAUUGUACACCAGAUAUAAGUAAAUCAGAACAAAUGUCAUUCACUGUUCGUUUUGUCGAGAAAGUUGGAAAUAGCAUAAUUAUAAAAGAACAUUUCAUUGGUUUUAAAACUGCUACUGAUUCUACCAGAUUAGGUCUUUCACAGCUUAUGUUGCAAACACUCAAGGAUAACAAUAUUGAAUUUACCAACUGCAGAGGACAAGGAUAUGAUAAUGGGGCCAACAUGAAAGAAAAAAAUCAAGGAGUUCAGGCAAGAUUAUUAAAUAUAAACCCAAGAGCAUUUUAUAUUCCAUGCAGUUGUCACUCUUUGAAUUUAGUUGUUGCCGAUGCUGCAUCGUCUUCUAAAGAAUCAAUUUCUUUAUUUGGAUUAAUUAAACGGGUAUAUGUAUUAUUUUCGGCUUCUGUGAACCGUUGGGAGAUUCUUAAAAGGCAUAUAUCAGGUUGUACUGUUAAGCAAGUAUGUACAACUCGUUGGGAAAGCCGCGUAAGUGCCGUUAAAGCAAUGCGUUAUGAAACAAAUAACAUAGUUAAUGCGUUAAUAGAAAUUUCUGAUUCACCAAAUUCUGACGCAGGUCUUCGUCAUGAAGCUCAAUGUUUAGCCGAUAACCUAUGUGAAUUUGAAUUUCUUAUCUCACUUGUUGUUUGGUACGAUUUACUGUUUCAAAUCAAUGUAGCUAGUAAAUCAAUGCAAGGAAUCACUAUGGACAUAAUCACAGCCACUUCAAUUGUUAAAGGUUGUUUAAAUUAUAUUAUUUCUUAUCGAAAUACAGGAUAUAUUUGCGCUGUUUCAUCUGCUAAAAAAAUUGCUGAAACUUUAAAUGCUUCUUCGCCUGCCAAAAAUUUAAAAUUUAUAUUCUAG